ACACUAACACUAGCCCCCACCUGCUCAACAACCUAUAGCCUUUAACACUUUCAAGAAACCCAUUGAAGCCGAGUGAGAGGAGAGAAAUGAAUUCAAAAACUUGCCUAAUCUUCUUCUUCUCUUCUCUAAUCAUCACAAACAUCGCCUUAGCGCAAGACCGAGCUCCUCACGGUCUGGCUUACGAGACACCAGUGGCGUUUUCACCUUCUGCAUUUAACUUCUUUCACACACAACCAACAAAACAAGAUGCUACUUUAGACCCUUGCGUCGAAUCCGGCUGCUCGCCUCUCCCUGUGGCUGCAAAAGUCCUAGGAGCUUCAGCAAAAGCACAACAAAGCGAGGUAGCAACAAUGUCGAUUGGUUCUACAAGUGUUAUAGGAGCUGGUGGUGUGGUCGGGAUUAUCUUUGGACUUGUGUUUACCGUCCUGAUGUGAACCAUUCCAAUUCCAUCCAGUCUAGUGUUUUGAGCUGAUAAUAGAGUGUAUGGCUAGAGUUUAAGUUGAAAUGUGUGCUUUUUUUUCUUCACUUUUCUUGAAGCUUGUAUCUAGAUUUUCACAUUAAUAUCAUAGUAUUCGAGUGGUUACCAU